AUAACGUCAACUGUCACGUCAUCAUUACUUUCCGUCAUAUUUGCGAAAUUGUUGUUCCAUAAUCCAUAAUAGUUAUGUGAUUGAAGAUUGAAGUAUAUUCAGUAUAUUGUAAAAUUAUUCGAGUUUUCUAGUUGGAGUUUCACCUUUUCAGCAUGCCUUUCAUGUGAUAUUGGGAACAGCAUGUUCCAAUUUUGUGAUUUUGCUAGAAGACGUAAUUAAUUUGAAAAUUCAAGAUGUACGAUAUAUCUGUAGUGUAUAUGAGAAAGGAGACAACAGAACUAAUUUCUGCCUUAUUAAAUCCUAAAAAAGUUAUACCGAACGAAAACGGUUUAUCGCGCGAUUGGCACGGUUUGGCAGAACUAUGCGGAAUAGGUGGUGAGAAAAUCCCCAAUAUCGAAAGAAGCAACGAUCCAACGUUAAAAGUUAUAGAAAUAUGGUCGGAGAAAGAUAGAAACAAUAGCACAAUAAAGAAAUUCAUUUCGUUUUUGGAAACGCUAGAUAGAUUCGAUAUCAUUGACGACAUUACACCUUUAUUAGAAAAAGAUGUAGAUUACUUCAGGGCAAAUCCCAAUGGUUUCACGGCUAGUCUCCAAGACUUCGACGACAAGGAUAUAAUAACAUACGAUGAUGCUGAAAGAAAGAAAGCGGGCCUUCCGCCGGAAAUGUACGAUGCUUUCGUUCUCUUUGACGACGAUGAUAUAGAUUUCGCGACAGAAAUAAUAAAGACUAUGGAAGGACAAUACAAUUUGAAAUUGUGCGUUAAAGAUAGAGAUGUCGUCGGUGGAGAGUCCAAUCACGAUUCCGUUAUUAGAGUAAUCUCUACAAGGUGCCAUAGAGUUAUUGUAGUAGUUUCUCCCGCUUUCUUAGAGAGCUCGAUAAAUAAAUAUUUCUACACUUUGGCUUCUAUGGAUGGCAUUGAGAGGCAACGAAGAAAAAUCAUCCCGUGCUUGUACAAGAAGAUAGAGAAUUUGCCCAUAGAGUUCAAAGCGUUUCAUUUUCUUGACUAUACCAGAUCGGAAAUAGUAUUUGGUAGUUUUUGGGAUCAACUAUACAAAUCAUUGAAAGUUAUAUCACCUCCUACUCCGAGUAAUCAAACACUUACAGUUACUGUUCAGAACAGCAAAAGAAUACAGCAUAACGUGGAUCCUUUUAAAUCAUCAAAUCACGUGAAAUUCGCGUUGCUGGAUAGCCAACCAAAGGAGGCAGAGCCCGAUGCUGAAUCGACGAAAAUUGUGAACAAUUCUAACUCGGUUUCUUCACCUUCUGUAGUAGCAACUGGUAAAGAACUGAAAAAGAACAAAUCUUUGUUGAAUAAGUGCAGGAAUUUCCUUCAUAAAAAGAUCGAGAAUAAAAAAACGGAGGUGAAAACCGAAGUGCCUGAAAUAAACGGGUUGACGUUGACGAAAAAGAAGACCUUUUGGAAGAGUAGAAAAUUAAAAGUCGAAGUGACGAAUUGAUGGUAUCUCAUCAGAGUCGGUAACUUUCUGACACGAUUGGUCAAUUAUUUUUACAUUAAAGUAUAAUUGAAUAUUUUUAGUAUGAAAAUUGUAUACUAAAAAUCACAAAUUUAUACAUAUUACCAAAUGUGUUUCAAAUGUAUUUUUGCUUAGCAGAGAUUUAUUUUUUUACCAACACUAACAUAUUUCGCUUUGGAACCAUUUUUAAAUGCCUAUGUUUAGUUUAAAAAUUUGUGUAAAGCGAUUCGAUGUUACCUGAUGAUCUGCAUUAAUAAGGAUCUGUAAAAACGUGGUUGCAAAUAAAAUGUGCAAAACUAUUCCUACAAAUAAUUAAUUAUUGUUGAUCAAUUUGUGUUGUAUUUUUUAGUCAACUGUAGAUAGUUUGUUUAUAGAUAAUUCAAUAUAAUCAUAUCGCACGAAUCAAGAAGCCUUCACCAAUUUUGUAGCUAUUAAGGUUUUUUAGACGUAUUUGGUUUCCAUUGCUAAUUGAAAUAUUCGAUUGAUAUAUUUUAAUGAAAUUGGAGUAUUAUUUUUUUUUAUUUAUGACAUUAUUUUUGUGAAUUGUUACAUAGUGCUUUGAGCAAACAAUGUGUCUUUAUUCCAUUCAACCAUUAGAUUGUUAUUAAAUUAAUGGAAAUGUGUAAAAUACCACCUUCGUUUCCAUGUAAGCCAUAGAACUAAAUAUUUUUAUAUAUUUUUUAUAAGUUGCUAGUCAUUGUAUUGCUUAUAUCAGCAACUAUUUUAAAUUGGUUUUUAUUCCUGCAUAAUAUCACUGGAUUAAAACCAAUUUGUUUAGUCUAAUAAUUUACCUUUUUUAUUAAAAACAAAAUGAGUAUAACUUAGUAUUUUUGUAAUUCGUUUUGAUUCUUC